GGCUCUCUCCUCAGUCCCCAGUUCCCCACUCUCUCUCCCCACCGAAUGCUCACCAGUUCCUUCUCCAGAAUCAUUACAAUACUCACUAGGGUUUUCAUUUCAGUGCUGUAUACCAAAACUUUUUUCUUUUUCUUCUUUUCUUUCCUGCGGUCGAGUACAUUUUCAUGUUUUACUUGCAAAGUGCUCAGAUCUUCGAAUCUUUUGCAGCUCCACUUAUCAAGGACAUGGGUGGGGCGGCUUGCAGUGGCUCAAGUUUGGGUAUUUCAUAGAGCAUAUACGGUGAAGCUCCAGUUUUAUUUUUAAUGCUUUCAUUGAGGUAAAACUUGAUUUCUUCCAAAGGAUUGGAGAAAUAUGGUCCGCAGUCAAUCUGCUGUUCUGUCUUGUCCUUGCUGUGGAGUUAAGUCGAUGUGAUUGGCGAGCUUUAUCAAUUGUUAUGGGUUCUUUCAGUCGUAGUUGUGAAAUUGUUGAAUCAAAUGAAGAGAUGUGCUCAACUCGGCAUCCUCAAACAUGUUAUCAAGCAAAAAGACAUGAACGAGAGUGGCAACCUCCAGUAAAAAAAGGAUCUAAUAAGUCUUUAGAAGAUGAUAUCAAUAGGCUUUUUGAGGGAAUCAAUAUUAGGACUUCAAAGAGUCUGGAUCUCUCAGACCGUGCAAGUGCAGGGUUCUCCAGAAAAAAUGCCUCAAAGAAGCCAAUGAAGGUAGGUGUUUCUUAUUCACCAGGAAUUGGAUUUUCCGAUCCAGUGUCCUUGAAGCAGGCACUGAGGGGACUUUGUAUAUCUCAGGCAGCUGAAAUGGCUGCCCUCAAAAGAUUAUCAAAGCCACCAGGAUCUCCAGGGGUAUUGGAACCUGGAAGAAUUACAAACUUGUAUAGGUCUGUUGUAAUUGAAGCUGGGGAUUCUGGUCUUCCCUUAAGUGAUGUUAGAGAAGGCAAAGUUGAAAUAUCUUUGAAGCCUGAAGAAAGCACUUCGAAUUGCAUUGAGAGGGUCCACAGAUCCCUUCAAGAGCCGAAAAUGCCGUCUGCAACCCAAAGUGCCUACUCGUCCCCCCGUUUUGGUGUUAAACCCACCAUGAAAAGUGUAGAAAACUCUCCACUGCACCAUGCAAUUUCCCUUGCAUCAAGAAAAGUUGAGACCCAAGCAUCAGGAAAAAUGCGUAUUAAAGCAGAAAGCCAAGAGCCUAAGAAUGAGUCAGCUGGCCAAAGCACCCUUCCUUCUUCACAACCUGCUGUUGAGCCAAUCAUAGAGAAGAUGGGAUUAACUCAGAGAGAAAAUGAGAUUACAUCUACAUCCAGGGAAAUCGAGGUUCAGCCAUUGGAAAUGGUGCCCUCUCAGGGGGGAAACCAGAUUUUAAGUUCUUCUGUUCCUUCUCCUAGUUAUGCUGAUGGUAAGUCAAAGCUUGACAAGAACACUUCAGGCACUAACAAUGUUGCUAGUGGUCCAAAUAGGAAAGUUGGAACUUCAGUGAAAAUACUGGGCAAAUCAACACCUAAGAUAAGACGGAAGGGCAAGUUGCAAAUGGUUCCUCCAUCUAAUGCAUCAAAAACCAGGAAAGAAAGCAAGUCAACCAGAGCCACUGCCACUGCAUCGAAACCUGUUACCAGGAAUAAGAAUCUUGCUUUGAAGAAAACAAAGCAGGAGUCAUUAAUAGCGGCAGCUAAAUCCGACGCAGCUUGCGGAGUAUAUGGUGCUUUUGGUGAUAAUUCCAGCCAAUUAGUUUGCCAGAGAUGCAAGUGUUCCUUGAAAGAUGUGAAAGAGGAGCUGAGUAAGGAGUCUUCAUCACUUGCACAUUCAAAUUCUGCCUCCAUGGUUACCACAAAUAGUAGGACCUGUGAUACAAAUAAGCCUGGUCUCAUUUCAAAGGACUGUCAAAAUGCUAGCACUCCUGCUGGAAAAGGCAACAUGAUACCAAAAAUUAAAGAGAAAGGGGAUUUCUCACAAAGCUCAAAGAGUAGCAUGGGUGAGUACAGCAGUUGUACAAGCAUGAGUGAGGAGAGCACUGUAAGCGGGUCUAGUUGUGGCAAUAGACCGCACAUGUCAAAAGAUGUAAGGUGGGAAGCCACCAAUCUUGUGAAAAAGCAGCAUGGCUUCCUUGGUUUGAGCCAUUUUAAUUUAUUAAAGAAGCUUGGCUCUGGUGACAUUGGUACUGUAUAUCUUGCUGAACUGGUUGGAACAAACUCCCUGUUUGCCAUUAAAGUUAUGGAUAAUGAAUUUUUGGCAAGGAGAAAGAAGAUGCCGAGGGCACAAACUGAAAGAGAGAUUCUGAGAAUGCUGGAUCAUCCUUUUCUUCCUACUAUGUAUGCACAGUUCACCUCAGAUAACCUGUCAUGUUUGGUUAUGGAGUUUUGUCCAGGUGGAGAUCUUCAUGUUCUCCGCCAGAAGCAGCCAGGCAGAUAUUUUCCUGAAAAUGCAGCAAGGUUUUAUGUUGCUGAGGUUCUUCUUGCUCUGGAAUACUUGCAUAUGCUUGGCAUUGUGUAUCGUGAUUUAAAACCAGAAAACAUUUUGGUGCGAGAAGAUGGCCACAUCAUGCUUACGGAUUUUGACUUGUCACUUCGAUGUUCAGUAAACCCUACCCUUAUAAAGUCAUCUUCACUUGGGUUGGAGCCGCCAAGGAUAUCUGGUCCAUGCGCAGGAUCAAACUGCAUUGAUCCUUUUUGUGCUGCACCAUCAUGUAAAGUUUCAUGCUUUAGCCCUAGAAUUUUACCUGCAACUGCAAAAACAAGGAAACAGAAGGCUGAACAAGCAACCCCGUGUAGAUCUUUGCCACAGCUUGUGGCCGAGCCAACAGAGGCACGAUCCAACUCCUUUGUUGGUACUCACGAGUAUUUGGCUCCAGAAAUUAUUAAGGGAGAUGGCCAUGGGAGUGCCGUAGAUUGGUGGACGUUUGGUAUAUUUCUUUACGAGCUUUUGUAUGGAAAGACUCCCUUCAAAGGUUCUGGAAAUGAAGAGACAUUAGCCAAUGUGGUUUUGCAAAAUCUCAAGUUUCCAGACAGCCCAAUUGUUAGUUUUCAGGCAAGAGAUCUGAUCAGGGGGCUGUUAGUUAAAGAGCCAGAGAAUAGACUGGGGACAGAAACUGGAGCUGCGGAGAUCAAGCGGCAUCCAUUCUUUGAUGACCUGAAUUGGGCACUGAUACGCUGUGCUAUACCACCUAUAAUACCCGAGUUUUGUGAUGUUGGAGUUCCAAAAGUAGUCUCUCAGGAUAAAGGAAAGAGAUUUCUCGAGUACAAUGCUACAGGAGAGCACUUGGAGUUUGAAUUGUUCUAGAGCAACUCAUUUCUAGGACAUGCUGUCUGUUUGGGUAAUAAUUUGUUCCUCUACUUUGCUGUAACUAAUGUUAAGCUCAUAAUGUAUAUCCGGAAUAUCACGGAAAAUUUUCUCCUUCCUGAUCCAGAAAUGUUUAGCAACAUACUGAAAUCGGCUGUGAUAUUUAUCUGGUCAAUAUUGCUCUUUCAUGGCCAAUUAUGCGAUGGCGAAUUCUUUGCCUGUAUAAGCAUGUCUCGCAGAGUGGCUACCUUGUUCAAAA